AUGCUGAACCAGUUUCGGGCCGUGAAGGAGAUCUUGCUCGCGGGGGAUACCAACCGUCUCGUGGCGGAACUUACCUUCGUACGGAUCAAUGACCUGGCAGCUCCCCCCGAGCCCAUGCAUCCGUUGAUGUACCUGGAGCCCUUCGUCGCAGUUCUCAUCGUGGGCAACGGAGUCAUGAUAGGAUUUCAAACUGAUCCGGCCUUUGAAAGUUGGGGCGGCUUCUUCUACUUCGAGCUGGUCUUUGCCAUCUUCAUCUGGCUUGAGAUUUUCUUGCGGAUCCACUUGUUGAAGUGCGCGGCAUACUGGUGUGGACAGGAGCGCUACUGGAAUUGGUUCGACAUCUUUUUAGCCGGUACAGGAGUGGCCGACAUUGUCUUGCAAAUUGCGUCGAAUGGGGCGACGGACAUCUUCGGCGCAUCGCUUCUCAGAUUCUGCCGACUGAUCAGACUUGUCCGGAUAGUGAAGUUAUUCCGCGUGAAGUUCAUGAAGGACCUGCGCCUCAUGGUCAAGGGCCUGGUUGCUGGCAUCCGGACACUGGCGCUGGCUUUCGCCUUGCUCUUCGCCGUUCUUUACGUCAUCUCGGGCUUUGCAACGAUCACCAUCGGCUCUAGCACCAUCGCCGAGGAAGAGGAGCUCCAGCGCUACUUUGCCAACAUACCGGAGUCCAUGUUCACGGCUUUCCGGUGCUUCACCGGCGAGUGCAUCACUGAUAAAGGGGAGCCUAUUCAAGCACUUCUGGCUCGGCACUUUGGACUGGUUUUUGUGCUGCCUUUCGUUGCAAGCUACAUGCUUGUGUCGAUGGGAAUUUUCAACGUGAUCCUCGCUGUCUACGUGGACAUCACGAUGAGAGCUGCCAAGGAGAACGAUGCGACGACCGCGGAGCAGCACUCCCGUGAGUCCAUACGCAUCGCCCGCGUUACGAGGGAGCUCCUGAAGAAGUUCGCGUCUGCCCACCACCAGUUUCAGGAGGAUGAGAAGCACGCGGCCUUCUCCAGCAGGGCACCAACACUGCACAUCAGUCACAAGACCUCCUUCUUCACCGACGAGGAGAUCAACGACAGCAUGGAAAUCAGCAAGGAGCUCUUUCUGCUGGUCAUCCAAGAUUACCAUGUACAGAGCCUGAUGGACGACCUGGACUUGCCGCCGGAUCGCGCGAACCUCUUCGAAGUCAUCGAUGCCGAUGGCAGUGGGACCUUAAAGCUAACUGAGCUGGUGCAAGGUUUGCUGAAGAUCCGCGGAGAGAUCAACAAGAGCGAUACCGUGGCGGCUCUACUGGCCAUCAAGGCUGUGCAGAGUAUGGUCGGUGAGAUGAAGGAGGAGAGCUCGCAACACUUGGAGUCCUUGAGGAGAGACUUGGAGAAGCAGGUCGUUGCUCUUCGCGACAGGCCUGCGAUGCGGUUGGACAGCAAGCCCAAGGAGAACGAACCGCCAAGCGAGCUCUUGGCUGAGCUGGACCGUGCCGCUCUGAUGAAGACUGACCUCGUCAAGGACGAUUGCGCGCUCUCGCUGGUUCUGCCCCCUCCCCGCCGCCCGGAGGCAGUCCUUGCUGACGUCGAAGUACAGCCACCAUCGGUGGGGCUUACCGUAGAAUAG